UCAGCCAUAUUGAACAAGAAAAAACACAAAUAAUUUAAGUUUUCCUUCCUGUUAAUUAUGUCCUAAUUAUUUAGGGACCAAGAGUACUUGUUUUCUUGAAGUAUCGAUAAAUUAAAAAUAGUUACUGAUUAGGCUGAGGAAUUCCUUGUAGUUUCUGCUGCUACUUAUUAUUGUAAGCAUGCUUUUAUAACUCCUUUUCUCUGAUAACACAUUUAACUGGACCACUAACAAAGGGGUUUGGGGGUUUGAGUUGCAAUUUGAUGAGGUAGAGAGCUGAAUGUCUUUUCAGAUAUUUUGGACCCUUGAAUUAGUACUGUCGUGAAAAAAGUGAUAUAUUUUCAGAUAUUUUGGUUCAGCUAUAUUAUGCAGUGUCGCCCCUGUUAUAUUCCAUCACACUUUUUGGUUCAAUGCAUUUUACUUUAUGUAGUUAGUGCUGAGAUAAAACUUGGUACUUUUCUCUUCCCUAAUCAUGUGUGAAAAUUUUGCCUCUUUCAAUCUACGAGGUAAAUUUUGCUUUUUUCCCAUAAGGUAGGUUGCCAUUUUGUUGAGGUUAACACAAACUGUUUUGUUAUUUACAUGGAAGUUAUUCAAAGCAAAUUAAAUGGUUUCCUAUAUGACCACCAAAUUAUGUUCAGUGGUGUCUGCUUCUGCUAUUGAUAGGUAAAUUUUGCUUUUUCAUAAGGUAGGCUGCCAUUUUGUUGAGGUCAACACAAACUGUUUUGUUAUUUACAUGGAAGUUAUUCAAAGCAAAUUAAAUGGUUUCAUGUAUGACCACCGGAGUAUGUUCAGUGUUGUCUGCUUCUGCUAUUGAUAGGGACAUAUAGUGGCAUGGCCUUCUGUUCGUUUUGUUUGGUGCCUCAUGCAUUCUCGUUUUAAACACGCAGGUCUCGCCACUUGAGGAUUUGCUAGGGCUGAACGGUGUUGUCUUCUGCUCGCAGCUCCACCCAAGUGUAUGUGCAGAGUGAGUUUCUCCUUAAAAUUGCUCGUGCCUAUGCGUUCUUGCUGUCGUCAUGGUUGGCCCUCGUCCUGCCCGUACAAGAGCAUUCAGGGUGGCUUCUGCUUCUAAAGUUCGAACCAGUGCGCCUAGGCGCCAUAGAGCCCGGUUUGUGCCACUGCCGGCGCCUGUUGGGUUUGUUUCUGCAGGCCUCCCCAAAAGAAAAUGGGAUGGUUUCUUCCCUGUUGUUAGUCCAGAGGUUGCUACUAGAAACCGAAAAAGGUGCAAGGUCAUACAUGAUAGGCAGCGUGGGCGCACACCAGAUGCUCCAUUUACUUCCCCCUUGGAGCCUUUGUGGGUUGGGUUUACAACAGAGGAGGUUGAUAUCUUAAAAGCUGGCUAUGCAGAUAAGUCUUACUAUGGAGGGCCGGACUAUCGUUGUGGCCUGUGUAAGGCGAGUUUCUGGUACCAGGAAAGGGUGAAGAGUGCGUCUGCGAUCACUGAAAGGCGAGUUGUCUAUAACAAUUGCUGCAAAGAUGGCGUUCAACCUGCUUUCUGAGAUCCACAGCGACAACCAUCAGUGGACGAUCUGUGUCCUUGUUUCUCGCAUGUGGCACUAUCGUGGAGGGACCGAUGAAGGGCCUAUUCAGCACACUGAUCUGGUUCUACUUGACGUUGAGGGAAACCAUAUGUAUGGUCAGCUCCCUCCGGCUACAUCUGAACGGCUUAAGGAUGUGUUGGAGGAAGGGAAGGUGUUUGUUAUAAGGAAGUUUUUCUGUAAUCCGUCGAAGCCAACCUUCAGGCCUGUUGAGAGCCCUUUCAUGGUUCAGUUUACAAGGUAUACCACGGUUGAAGAAAGACCUGGGUUGGCGGAUACAUACCCAUUCUGUAGGUACAGUCUUACUUCGUUUACAGAUAUCCCAGUCCCCUGUGGCCGUGCCGAACGCUUCAUUGAUGUUAUUGGGAAGAUUGACAUGGUUUCUGAUGUGAUCCCUGUUCAGUCAAUGUACCAGCAGGCUGCUUCUAAUACGAGGACUGUUAUACUGAAGGACUUGUUGGGCAAUGAGAUUAGGCUUGUUCUUUGGGGUGAUCGAGCACUUGAGUUUGACGCGGAAGCAGUUCGUGCCAUGGGUGAGAAAGAACCAGUCAUUGCUAUCUUUGUAGGAACGCUGCCAAAGGCAUCUCAUGGUGUUAGAGGGUUGAGUGGUAGUUCUGCCUGUCGUUGGUACAUUGAUGAGGACAUACCUGAUAUUAACUUGUUCCGUGAGAAGAUUGGGCCGCAGUUUGUUCCUCUAGCCACCUAUGUCCCUACAGGGCCAGGUGCCAUCGCGCCCCGAGUGUACGAGCCUCCCGCUGAGAAAACCCUCGAACAGCUGAAUGAAGUUGAUCCCUUCGUGGAUAUGGAAAAGAAAUUCCUUUGCACUGCGACUGCUGACCGGCUCGGCGCAGACCAGCGCUGGUGGUUCGCUUCGUGCUCCGUGUGCCGCAAGUCCUCUAAGCACGAUGGGUGCCGAUUUCGGUGUUCGGGCAAAGACUGCGAUUCUUCUGACGUUAGCCUAGCGUAUUGCAUCUCCUUCUUUGCGACUGAUGCCACAGGUGAAUCUGAAUUUGUGAUGUUCGAAAAGGUUGCGGCAGGGGCCGUGGGCAAGCAACUCAUGAACUUGAUGCGGCAAAGAUAUCCAGGCUAUUACACGGUUGAUGAGUUGGCCAAUGUUGCUAGACACGACACAGCUAUUCCGGCUGAGAUUGAGCGUCUCGUUGGCCACAAGUACAAGCUUUUAGUUUCCAUUUCGAAGAAAUGGAACUCAGGCAAUAGCGAGAACCUGAAUUUCCAAGUCUGCAGGAUUGAGGAGACCUACAAACCCGAGUUACCUCCUCUGGCUUUUGCUGCUUCCUCGAGGUCUGCUGGGGCUUCAUCGUCCGCUGGUGGUUCAGGUUCCAGGCUCUUGCCCUUAGGUCCAACUCUAUCACAUGUGCAUCACAGGGCUGCUACGUUUGGUGGAUCGCAUAGCAGUGGGAAUGCAACACCCCCUUCUCCUAUUGCUAGCCCUGGGACUCCAGCUAAAGGUUCGUCUGCCCCUAAGCGUGGCACGAAGCGUUCUUUGUUUUCAAGCCCUCCGAAACGGAACACACAGUUGGCUGAUGCUUGUGCCGCCGCAGCUGAAGAAGAGCCAGCGACGUUGGUUGAGCCUGUGGAAGAUGAUGGUAUAACCACUGAUGUAGAGAAAAACGGACCGCCUCCAAACCCAAAAUCUAAGAGGAACGCCAAUUCUGCGAAGUCAGGUACCUUGCCCAAGAAAGCGAAGCCGUAGACACUUGGACGAUGUGUUUGUGGGCGGCGUAUGUAUAUAAGGUCUUCGUCCGCGCUGCCUUAUCUUCAGCUAUGGUGCCUUCUGCAAGCAUGCCUCACAUGGACCAUCUGAAGAGCUUGUUAGUAUCUUAGUAACAUUCCGUGGCUCGCCCUGUGCUGUUGGUCAGUGAGCCUUCCUUGCUAGAUCGUCGGGUUACCGAGGCAGCCUCAUCGUCUUGGUGCAAAUCGAUGUCACCUUUGCACUGUCUAUGUAAAUGCCAGUGCAAAGCUUCUUUUGUAUAAGCCCACGCUGUUUAUGAAGCACGCUUUGCAGGUA